AUGUCCGCGGACCAGUUGAAGGAGCUUCUGCCAUUUCUCCAUGACCCGAAUCCUCAAGUCCGUCAAAUCGCACUGUCCAAUCUUCUCGGACAGACGCCGAAAGGAUCGCCUCAUCGAGAGAUCUUCUUCACUGGUCUGCGAGCCGGUGGCCUGCAGCAGGCACAGGACAACGAGGUUAUUCAUGAUCUGAAGCUCCUUUGCAGAGAUACGCUAGUGAGAACACUGCUUGACCUCGCCCAGGGCAACGAUCCGAAGUCACUGACGCUGUAUUUUCCUGUGCAAUCGCAAUCCGGGACGUCUCCCGCGCCUGUACCAUAUCCAUCUGCGGAACCGCGAAGCGUAGAGGCUCUCCCGCUUCUCCUAGACGCCUUCAUUCAAGGAGCUGCAGCCGAUGAGAUAGAGGACAAAGAUAAACGGCCCAGAAAAGCAAACCUGCACUUCCUUUCAAGCGUGUUUGCAAAUUUGACCACGGCACCAGUUGGCCGCAUGUUCUUCCUGACACCACGCACAUCAGACCCCCUCAAGGCAGACGGCGAUCUCGAGUAUCCGCUUACCAAGCUUCUUGUGUUUACGGAACAUAAGGACACAAUUCGCAGAGGCGGCGUCGCCUCGACUCUCAAAAACUGUGCAUUUUAUGUUCAAUCACAUCGUGCACUCCUGUUACCGGAAUCCGAGCGUGUCGCGGUCUCGCCUUCGACAGUGGAGGCAUCCGGCAUGGAAAUUCUUCCGUACCUGCUGCUACCUCUCGCAGGCCCAGAAGAAUUCGACCUCGAAGACCAAGAGCUUCUCCCUCCUGCACUGCAGUUCCUCCCUCCAACCAAACGGCGCGAGUCCGACCCUGUGCUUCGCCUUACACACGUGGAGACUCUGCUCCUGCUGUGCACCACUCGCUGGGCGCGCGAAUACCUCCGCAAAAACGGCGUGUACGAGAUCGUCCGUGCGCUCCACGAGAAUGAACAAGUCGACAAGAUCUCGGAACACAUCGAGCGACUGGUCAACUUUCUCAAGCGGGACGAAGGGCCAGAGACAGAAGCGGACGACGUCCUCGGAGCCACAGAAACUAUUGAGGCCAUUCAAAUGGAAGAUCCAGUUGACGAGGACAGCAGAAUAGAAGAAAUAUGA